UGGAUCCUGCAGGGCCAUCAUUGCCCAUACGCAGAAUGUGCAGCUGCAUGGGGCACCCGAAAAUUUGGGGCACCGCUGGGCCUUAAUGUCCAUCCACCUGUCUCUUCCUACCCCCGUUGUGUAGCUCCGAGAGGAUCGAGUGAACUUCCAAGUGACAAAGCCGGCCAGAGCGAUUAGCGAACAUGGAACCUGGGAAAGAGCCGUUUGAGCGGGAAUGGAGCUAUCGAACAGGCAUUUGCCAACCCCAGGGAAGACACUCUGAAUGGUUUGUGAGAAGAAAGCAAGAUGGAUGGAAGUCAGCCCCGCAGCGAGACUCCCAUGGCUUCCCGGAAGAUCAACCUGAUUUCUUCUCCCAUGCGGGCAGUCAUCCGCCUGCGACGAAAAGUCCUGAAGAAAAGCCGCUUGCACCUGGACCUUGCCAGAGAACAAUCUCCAGAGCUGGUCCAAAGCAGGCUUCUUCAGAGGCAGAUUUCCUUGUCCCUCUUUAAUCAAGCCAGCUUUGAUAAUUCUCAGUACUUCACCUUUGACACCUCUGUGGACCAGUCAGCGCUGAAUAAAUACAAACGGAAGAAGAAGCGCCGGAAGUCCAGGGUAGUGUUGUAUCCAGACAGCUCCAAAAAGUACCUUCCAGCAGAGCAAAAGAGUAAAGCAAAGCGCUGUCUUCUCCUGCUCAUUGGCAUCAUCUGCUUCCAAAUACUAAAUGCUAUUGAGAAUCUGGACGACAACCUUCAAAAGUACGACCUGGACGGGCUGGAGAAAACCAUGCACCGGGAAGUAUUUGGGCAGAAGGUGGCUGUGGAAAGAAUUAUGGAGUUGUUGAAAGACUAUCUAGCCACCCACAUACACAACAAGCCCUUAGUGAUCUCCUUCAAUGGCCCAACGGGGGUUGGAAAGAGCCACAUGGGACGGCUGCUGGCUAAGCACUUCCGCUCAGUCAUGGACAAUGACUUUGUGCUGCAGUACUUUGUGAUGCACCACUGCCCGAAUAAGGAGGCUGCUCCUGCUUGCCGGUCGGAUCUGUCGGAGAAGAUUUCCAACAUGGUAACCAGAGCAGAAAUCGAAGAGAAAAUCCCACUGUUUAUUCUGGACGAGGUGGAGCUCAUGUCUCCAGUCCUGUUGGAGACACUCAGCGGAUUCUUCCAGCCCAACCAGACCAACGAGUUCCUCAAUGCCGUGUACAUUCUAAUAAGCAACGUAGGGGGCAGCGAAAUCACCACCUUUCUCCUCCAGAACGUUUCCACCGACCUGCUGCACCCGCAGAGCAAACUCCAAGAGCUGCUGCACAUUCUCCAGCCUGUGCUGAGCCGCUUCCACCCUCUGUGGAAGUCUGCGGACGUCAUCCCCUUCGGCCCGCUGGAGAGGAGUCACGUCACAAAGUGCUUCUUGGAGGAGAUGCUGCGGGAAGGGCUGUACCCCGAUCAGGGCCAUGUUGAGAAUCUGUCCAGUCAGCUCAGCUAUUACACGGCGGGAGGCAGGGAGUACGCCGUCACUGGCUGCAAGCAGGUCGGGGCCAAAGUCAAUCUGCUGUAGCGGCGAAGGCAGUGAAGAGGCACUUAGCGGCCAAUGGAGAGAGCCCGGCUGCACGCUGGCAUGACUGGCAGCAGAUUCGGGUCCACGACGCAUUUCCUAAGAGGAUGGAGAUGAAGCUGUCCCCAUGACCAGGAGGUAGAACAGGAGCUGUCACCUCCUCUAAUAUGAGCUCUGUUCCCCUAGUGAUGUAUUGGACUUUAGUCCGCGAACUCCCAUGGUCUGGCAAAUAGUUCCCUAGCGACUAAGGCCUUGAUCUCGUGGAGGGUAUGUCUACACAGCAAUGUAAGCCCAGGUCUCCUCCUUGUGUCCACACUGCAGAUGUGCUAGCCUCGGGCACGGAUCCAGGGUCCUAGGACCCUACAGGACUGGGGGAGAGUCCACGCCGUAUUGCUUUCCUGUGCGCAUGCGGCCCCAGCUAGACUUGGGUCCCAGAUGUUCUCCAGCUGUAUCCCAGAGUUCCCGGAGGCAGAGGAGCAGCGCUGCAGGCAGCCAGCACAGCAGCUAGACGAGACAUUAGUGCAUGGCCCAGCGCGCUCCCCUAAU